AUGCCGGACCAAGAUAUUUGCAGUUACAUUAACGAACCUCGUCUUGUGGCCAGAAAGUUCUUGGCCAGACCUCAACAUGAAGGUGUUGGGGCAGUUGUUAGAAGAAGCAUAGGGAGAUUUGAGCUCAAGUACUUUGAUCCCUUCCUUGUCUUGGAUGAAUUCUCAGUCACUGCUCCUGCUGGGUUUCCUGAUCAUCCACACAGAGGCUUUGAGACGGUCACAUACAUGUUGCAGGGAGCUGUAACGCAUGAAGAUUUUGAAGGACAUAAGGGGACAAUUGAAGCUGGUGACUUGCAAUGGAUGACUGCAGGGAGAGGGAUAGUUCACUCAGAAAUGCCUGCAGCUCAAGGAACCCAAAAGGGUCUCCAACUCUGGAUAAACCUAGCUUCAAAAAAUAAAAUGAUUGAGCCAAGGUACCAAGAAAUGUUGAGCAAGGACAUAGCUGAAACUAUGGUAGAUGGUAUAAAAGUUAGGGUUAUAGCAGGGGAAGCUCUUGGAGUAAAGUCAGCAAUCUACACAAGGACACCAACCAUGUAUUUGGAUUUUUCCCUUAAACCUGGGGCACACUUGCAACAACCUAUACCAAAAUCUUGGAAUGCUUUUGUGUACAUAUUGGAAGGAGAGGGUGUUUUUGGGAACAAAAAAUCUCAACCUGUGACAUCUCACCAUAUACUACUUCUUGGUUCUGGGGAUGGCCUAGAAGCAUGGAACAAAUCUCCUAAGGUGCUUAGGUUCAUUUUGGUUGGAGGGGAACCAUUGGGUGAACCUGUGGUGCAAUUUGGACCCUUUGUGAUGAACACUCAAGAAGAGAUUGACCAAACAAUUGAUGAUUUUGAAAACUAUACCAAUGGAUUUGAGAAAGCAAGACAUUGGAGGUCUGAAAGUGCACUUAGUCUUGAUUUUUGAAUUUGUGUAGUGUCACAUUUGUUGGUUGAUUUGGAAAAGAUGGGAGGAAAAAUAAGUUGUGAUGUAAAUUAAUUGGAAUCUAUGAAUUAGUCGAAGAAUUUCUAUCCCUUUUAGAUAUUUAUUAUGUCAAUAUCAUUUGUACGCGUAAACUAAAAUCCACGUGUAGUAAUUUAAAAGAAGAGUUAAAUUGUUGUA